AUGGCAACCGCAAAGCGCUUGGCUUCCUUGGACCUCCGGGAGGCACAGGCCACCAAUGCUGAAGACCAGCGGACGAUCCGUGAGCUCGUGGAGCAGAUGCCUGGCGGCUUCGAUGCUGUGAACGCCUUCGUGCGCGGCUCCAUCCGCCAGGCCCUCAUGGCUGUGAAUCAGAGCUUCGACCACGAGUUCCGGCAGUUAGUCACCUUGCUGUCCACGUCGCAGGGCUCGCAGGACGAGGCCCCGGGCCUGGAAGUGGCGGAGGCACUCCCACGGCUUUUGACAGGUUCUCCGAACAUGCCCAUCGUCCAGAAAACCAUCCAGCCGGACAACACAACUCCCAAGAAUUAUGGCAGUUCUUCGUCGUAG